AUGGGUGGAAGCUUGAUCGAUGAUGAUUGGGAGUUUACAUUACCGUCGAAUGGGGUUAGAACUGUGGUUUUGAUUGGACGUACGGGUAAUGGCAAAAGUGCGACGGGCAAUAGUAUCCUUCGGAGAAGGGCAUUCAAGUCAAGGUCUUCCUCAACUGGUGUUACUAGUACUUGUGAAAUGCAGAGGACUGUAUUGGGAGAUGGCCAGAUUCUCAAUGUGAUUGACACUCCUGGAUUGUUUGAUGCUUCUGUUGAACCUGAAUUUAUUGGCAAAGAAAUUGUUAAGUGCAUCAAUAUGGCCAAGGAUGGUAUCCAUGGAGUUCUUGUAGUUCUUUCAGUCAGGAACCGCUUUACGCUAGAAGAAGAAGCUGCUGUUCAUAGCUUGCAGACCUUCUUUGGAAGCAAAGUUAAUGAUUACAUGAUUGUAGUGUUUACCGGUGGGGAUGAACUUGAAGAAAAUGACGAGACUCUGGAAGAUUACUUGGGUCGUGACUGUCCUGAGCCUCUAAAGAAAAUCCUCCUACUUUGUGGAAAUCGGCGAGUGCUAUUUGAUAACAAAACAAAGGACGAAAGCAAGAGAGCAGCACAAAUUCAGCAACUGCUUUCACUUCUAAAUGUGGUCAUAGCACACAAUGGUGGACAACCAUAUACGAAUGAGCUUUUUGCUGAGUUGAAGGAAGGAGCUAUGAAACUUCAUGAUCAAACAGAAGAAGUUAAGUUGAAAGGGUACUCUAAACAGGAGAUAUCCGAGUUGAAAGAGCAGAUGAAUAAAUCAUACGAAGAACAGCUUAUGCGUGAGAAUAUUUCUCAUUGUUUCUAUUUUCGAUGUGCUCUCCUUUUGAAUUAUCAUGGUGAUACUUGUCACCGAGGUAAAAACUUGAUAGUAGUUGUGUUGAUUUUACAGGAAGGAGCUAUGAAACUUCAUGAUCAAACAGAAGAAGUUAAGUUGAAAGGGUACUCUAAACAGGAGAUAUCCGAGUUGAAAGAGCAGAUGAAUAAAUCAUACGAAGAACAGCUUAUGCGUAUAACUGAGAUGGUAUCCAUACUCCCUAACUUUAAACAGUAG